CACUGUUCAAGAUGAUGAUUGGUUAACCACGUAGAGUUAAAAAACACAGUUUGUAAAUGUGUGUGGCGGGUAUAAAAAGCGCUGUUGAUACCGCAGCAAUAUGAGGCAGAACAUGGUGUGAUAUAUGAAGCGGUAUAUUUGAUGGGCCGUAACCAGUGUGAUAUUUGAAGUCUACGAAUAAAAUCGGGGACCGAAUCGGACAAAAACGUGUAGUUAGUAACAAUUACUGUAUAAUUAUUUUUGGUUUUAGAGCUAUUGAUGCAGGUCAACAGUGCGCGGGGCAAAUCUAGUAUGCGUUACCUCCGUUCGGAACGUUUUGUCUGGACGUAGAUAUACAAUGAUGUGUUGUUUAUAUACAAAGGACAGUUAAUACUACAUAUAAAUGAGUGCGAAAAAACCGAAGCUGCCUGGUUUAAACAUUCGUGGUAGCUCAAGUAGACACGACUGGGAUUCUGUCGGAACAAUCAAGUUCUUCACUGACAAAGAUGGUGAUAUUAGUGGUUUAGAUGAAGCAAUGAGAACUAUUAGUAUGGGUACUCGGCAUUCUGGAGAAGCGAAUGUGCAUUCACCAUCCUCACAUACAAGCGACAAAGAUUCCACAUAUACUGGAUAUACUGAUGAGUUUAGUGGGCAAAACAAAUUAGAUGUUGAAAUUGCUGUUGAAGCAACAAGCAUUUCUGAAUCAAUUAGUCCCACGGAUCUGAUUGAUUCAACUGAGUCGGCUAAAGAAACUCAUGGUUAUAUGAAUGAAUCAAGUUUUAGUCAACAGACAGAUGAAUCUCUUGGUGUUUUCUCAUUCAAUAACGAUCUAAAUACGAACUCGAAUGUUCCGAAUUCCAUCGAUGUUUUCAGGACUAAUGACAGACAUAACUCACUGGACUUAGAUGACUCAAAGGAUAUAUCGUCGUCCGCCGGUAGUCAUGCUGUUCAUUCAUUAAAAUUAAAUGUAGAUGGUAAUUCAUUAAAAACUGUAUUGUUAGAUGAAGAUUUGAAUGUUCACUUACAUUCAAAUGUUUUACCUAAUUUGACUCCAGAUUGCACAACAACAACAACACCGUCUACUAUUUUGAUUAAUCCAUCUAGAAUCAACACUUUGCCGUUUAAUACAUCCAGUAAUCCAGUCAACUCUGUUAUGGGUAAUCAACAUGAUAGUCAUGCUCCUAUUUCUAAUGAAUCAAUUAAACCAUCAAUAAAUGUCAAUAUUGAUAAAACGAGGAACGUUUCCGAUCCUACGCCACCAUGUUUAUCAUCAUCAAAAAUGAAAAUGAAUUCAUCACCACCAACAUCUACACUUGUAAUUGAUAGCAACGAUCAAAUUCUUACUGAACCAACUUGUAUACCUAUUUCUAUACCAAAUACUAGAAAUUCCGCAUCCAUUUCUCGUGCUCCUAUUCUUCAUUCUUCUCCUUCUCCGAUAACACAUACUUCAUCGGAAAACCCCCAAAUCAGACAGCGUAAUGUUACUACGAUUACUACUACUACUACUGCUACUACUACUACUACUACCACUAUCACAAUUAAUAACAAUAUUAUGCCAGGUGCUACUGGUUCAAAGGUGCUCAGAUCAAAAUCAAAUCGUCUAUCAGUGGUUAAAAAAUCUCAUCCAUGGAUGCGUUAUACAUUUUGUUCACUGACAGUAUUUUUGAUUUAUUGGCUUUUUAAUGGUUUUCUCUUGGGUCUAACUGUUGGUUGUAUACUAACAUAUACAUUCAUUACAGUGUAUAAUUAUUUGCAUAGUCGUACAAACUAUUCUAAUCAAAUUCUCUGUCCAAUAUCAGGAUUGCCAUUAGAUCACUUAUGCUGUUCACUGCAUUAUCGGCAAGAACAAGAGGGCCAGUAUCAAGGUUCACAAUGGUGGCCAAUCUAUUCACCUGCUAUGCCAAAUUUAACUUCUAUUUUAACUAACAACGCGAACAGUACUAAUAAAUGUAUGCAGUUAAGAAAUUUGCCUAAUUUCACUGUACCAAAUAUGCUUGAAGAAGAUGUUAACAAAUCAACUAUCUCAGGUCCAUUGGGAAAUAGUUUAGGUUUUAAAUAUGACAAUAAUGGACGGCCCGUAUACAAAGGAUGGUUAAAUGAGAUUAUUCAUUAUGAUCCUGAAACUCAUCAUAUUGGCAAAACAUUUUCCGUCUUCCUCACGCUUGAUGGUACACAAUUACGCCUACAACGCCCAGAACAUAAUAUUACUCGUAGAUCUUUAUGGAACGAUGAAAUCCCAUCAACUACAACUAUGCGAUUCAAACAACAGCAUAUUUAUGAUUUAGCUAAUGCAACUGUUACACUCCUUCCAUGUGGCUUAGUCGGCAAACGUCUAUGGAGUAGAAAAUAUCCUAUUUGUAUCACCGUCAACACUGAAGGUAGAUUCAAGCGCAAAAAUGAAAGACUGGAUUCACUACCAUCAUCGACAAGCUUUCCAAAUAUCAUAUUAUCUACUAGCUCUAAUAUUGCAGUGAAUGAAUCCUCUGACUUGUCCAUGGAUACAUGUAUUCCAUCAGCUGGAGAUGUGGAGUUCCCCGACGAUACUAGUAUCAAUGUAUUGCAAACUUCAAGCAAAUCAAAUAUGAAACAUUUAUAUUUGUUUGGAAGAACAUGUCGCGAAAAAGAAACAUGGUACCGUAGAUUGAAAGCUGCCUCAUUGGGCACACCUCUUAUAUGGACACCUCAGAUGGCUGUACAACAUUAUCUUUUGGCAUCAGAUAUUAAUAAUAGUAAUAAUAACGUUGGUUUACCAGAUUAUUUAAGUGGUACUGCCACAGCAGCUUCCAAUAUCAUUUCUAAUCACAACGACAAUACAUUGAGUGACGAUGAAAGUCAACCUGAUGGAAAUACAUUAUCAAAUCUCAUAACAUGUUCUGAUUCAGCUGCCAGUAUCGCUAAUACUGAUGUUGUUACCACUAUUACUACUACUAUUAGUAGUAAUAAUAGCAAUAGUACUCCCACUGGUUUAAGCAGUACAACCAAUACUAAUAGCACUUAUUCAUCCAGCAUAAAUCUUUCAAGUUAUGGCGCUUCAAUACCUGGGAAUCGUGAACCAGUCUAUGUUUCAUAUGUUCGAUAUAUGGCUAAAUUUAUGCCCGCCAAUUGGCUUGUACGAAGUGCACAAGCAUUAAAAUUAAAUGUUAAUCAAAUUAAUUGUGAUACAAAUAUGAUAUGGCUUAAUGCAUUAAUUGGUCGUUUGCUAUGGGAUUUUCUUCGUGAACCUUAUUGGUUAGAAAAGAUAAAAAAUAAGAUUCAAGCAAAGUUGAAAAAAAUACAUCUUCCAAAUUUCAUCAAUGAACUCACUGUCGUUGAUAUUGAUUUGGGCUCAGAAAUACCUGUAUUAAGAAGAAUCGGAUGUCCUUAUCUGGAUGCACAUGGUCUAUGGAUUGAAGUGGAUGUUGGUUAUGCUGGAGGGUUCUCAUUUGCUUUGGAAACAAGUGUUAAUUUAAUGCGGUGGAAUCAAAAACUUCGUGAAGAAAAAGAUAUUACCUAUUCAUCAGAUAAUUUUGCUCAAAAUUCACUAUCCAAUGAAUCUCUGCCAAAAGUUAGUUCUCGUUCGAUUACAAAAAUGGCCGCUUACUUAUCUGAUGAAGAAGACAGUGCUGAUUCAACAACUGACUCUGAAUUAGAUGAAACAACUAAUAUUAGUCAAAAUUCCAGUCCUAUAAAUAGUUUAAGACCUGGACGUAACUUACCAUCCACAGGACUAAUCAUAGGUGGAAUGAAAUCCGGUGAUAAUGAACGUAUAAACCCUGAAGACAACAGGUCAUUUAAUCGUCUUUCUCCAAUUUCACCAAACCGGUAUGUAUCAAUCUCUAAAUGAGCAACACUACAUUAGUGAUAAUCUUAUUAUUUGUGAACUAACUCUCUUUCUCUACUCCAACGCAGACACACAACCACAUCUUAUUUGUUCACCAGUUUCGUUUGUAUUUCUGCUCAACAUUUAAUUCUAUCUUAAAGCAUUCACACAAAUUAUGCAUAACUUUUUAAUUGCAUCUUCGUUAACAUAUUGUGUUUUUGUUUACUUUAGUUGGGUGUCAUAUCACUCAUUGAGCGUGUGUGUUUCUAAUUAAACAGAAACCGAAACGAUUAGUAGUACCACUUGAAGAAUCAAUAUUGUUUUCAUAAAAACGAGUUACAUAUUCUUCUUCAUGUAGGAUGCUCUUUCUCUUUAGAUUUCUUCAACAUAUUUUUUAACUCUUAGUUUAUUUGUCUUACUCAUUGUUAUUUAUUUUAGAAGAGUGUAAGUUUUGUCAAUAUUCGAUAAGUUAUCACAAAACAUUUACUUUCAUUGGUGAUAAAUCGAUAAUCAAUACAUAUAGUUGUUUUUUCUUAUGAUGCCCUUCCUCGUCUCGCAAUAUUCCGGUUAACAGCAUAUUAUUUUUCAUGUGAGAUCCACGCUCACCUAUCGAACUUAUGAAACAUUAUCCUUGAUCUUUUAAAGCUUCCCUUUAAACUAAUGGUUCGAGGCUUCCAAUGUUCGAAACAUAUCUCAGUUUGGAUAACAGGCCUAACUAGUUGAACCUACACACAUUACGUAAGCGUGAGCAUUCACUUGAUUUUGGCUUACCGAUGUAGUGAGUAAGCAACUAUAAACUUGUUAGCGACCUCCUGUGGCGUUGCGGUGAUAAGUUUUUCAUCAUGUUUAGAAACAGAACAGGCACAUCUAAGUUAUAUACCAGUGGAUAGUCGUUUUUGCUCUGUUCGACCAAAUUAUACAGUAAGGUCUCUGUACAUGAACUUGCCGAAUCUUCCUUACUCUAAUACGUUUGUGUCAUGAACUGUAAACUGAAAUGAAUGUGUCAGGUGUUGUUCACCAAGUCUGUCCGUUCUGCUAAUCAUUUCUGAUGUGUUAGUGGUUAUGGGAAAACUUGUGCAGUUUCAGUUUAUUUUACUCUCAACUUCUACAGACUAAGGCUACUUAAGUUGUAGUAGAAAUGUCUGCCUUUCAAAAGGUGAAUGUUGUACUUAACAGUUCGUUGCGUAUUCCUUUACUGUUGUGAGACUUAGCAUUUUAAUGUAGAAGACGUGUUACAGUGGAUCAGAUAAUAUAUUUUCCCUAAAUAUGUCAGCAAUGCUGAGACUGCUGGAACGAGUGUGUUGAACAAUUCUAUAAUUUCCCUACAGGGUGAAUUCUUAAAUCUAGAUUUUAUAACGAAAAGCAUUGAACAUCUAACGAAAUGAAUAUAUUAAGGAAUUAAGAAUUAUUUAUGUACAGAAUAUUUAGCUUAGUAAAUAUGACUUAAUUGAUCAAGAAUAAAAAUGUAGUCUAUAGAAUAGGCAAUCGUUCUUCACAUUUGGCCAUCAUAGCAUCAUCAAUGUAUUUAUAAGUAAAUGUGAACAUCAGUUGAAAGAAACAAUCUAAACGACUUAUAAAACAAGAAUUUCUUCUGUGAAACUAUUCAUUCUUUUUUAAAAUAACUUGGAAAUUCCUAUAUCAACAGAAAGUAAUCAGUUGGUUAGUUUUUGAAAUAGUUAGUAGUAAAGAAGAAUUUCAUUUAUUAAACGAUUCACCUGUGUGUACAAUAUUCAGUGAUUGAAUAUCGAACAUUAUUUAGUUGUGUGAUAAGCACUUGUUUUAUUAGCUAUGAGAUAUGUGAAUUGUUUUGCUACUGAAUUCUACUUUCUACAAGUAACUUAGUUUACCAUCUUGACAUUGUUUUACAAUUGUUCGCAUGGUGUAGUUUUCAAACUAAAUCAAUUACUUUCUCAAUAAUUCAACGGUUUUUGUUAUUUAAAGACUGCUAUUGGAAAGUUCCCGAUCUUUGUGUUCGAUUUGAAGACUACAAGGAACUAAGACUGCUUUUGCCAUUCAAAAUUAAUUUACUGUCAUGUUUAUUCGUAAAAGGUUACUCUGGUAAAAUAAAAGCAGUCGUAAAUAUCUCAUUCAUUUAAUAUCCUAUCAAAGUUGGAGUUUCUGAAUUUUUGUAUGGUAAUGAUGAAGUCGUUAACUGCAAGUCCUGCUACAACUCAAAAUUUUGUUCAUCUACAACGUUCAUCUAUAUAUGUUAAUUAGUUUAAAACAUUGCAGCCAGUUGUAACAUAAUAUUAUUGUUUACAAGGGAACUUUCGAACUAUUCUUUUUGUUAAUGAGUAAAUACAAUAUUAUGUUUUCUAAGCUGGAUGGUUUUAUCAUGGAGGUUUUGCGGUUUCUCCGGACAAAAUCAUUCGCACAUACUUAGCUUUUGAGAGCACAGCACCUCUAAAAUUCUCUUCCUGAGCUACAGAUCAUCAUCUCAGAGGUGACCGUAAUUAUCAUUUGGUAUUUCUUAUGUAACAUCAUUGGUACACUUUUGAUACCUCUGACAAAAAUAUUCCUUUAAUGAAACGUUUCAGAUAAGUUAGAUUUGGUAUACGAGAUCCUAUAUUUCAUGUGUGAUUUAAAUUUGAUGAUUAUAUACAAUGUAACUAAUGGAAAAUAUUUUGUUUAAUUUCCGGAUUACUAUUGCAUGAUAAAGAACUGUACUUCCUGUUUUUACAUUUCCUCUGUGUGUAUACGCUUCUAUUCUAUGUAAUCUGUUUAUGUAUUCAGCUUCGAACCACACUUUGUGUAAGACUUACUCGGAAAAGGAGUCUUUUGACUAAAAAACUACGGAGUCAUCAUUUCACAUCGUUAUUUGUCACCAGUAGUUUGGCGUAGAUGAUCGUUCAGCUAUUCAUGGUUGAGAGAGCACAACAAAUUUUACUCUUCAUUUCUCUGACCAACUAGUAUUUUAAAUACCCAUUUUAUUCUUUUCUAUAAUUGUGCUAAAAUUAAAACAAGCAUUUGAAAUUUGCGUAUUUGACGUUUACUAACAAUUAACUUACAUUUUAUACCGAAAUCCUGGUGAUACAAUAAGUUGAACAUAAUUCAUUCAUUUUACAGAUUUCCUGAUUUUAAUCUUCCAAUAAUAUUCCAAUCAGUAGUAGUAUGACUUUGAUUGAAGCGAUUUAUUUUCGUUGUUUUAAAUAAAUUAUUUUUAUAUUUCAGUCCAGUAAAUUUACAGCCUGUCUUACCGUCUCGUCGAAGGAUUAUACGUAUUGUCGAUCGCAUCACCAAAUCCUCAUAUUUUCAAAGAGCCGUUGAUACAAAACUAGUCCAGCGUGGUAUGGAACGUUUGUCAAACACACCAAUUGUAUUACAAGUUGAGAUACAAAUGUUAAGUGGUACGCUUUUAGUCAAUAUCCCUCCACCGCCCAGUGAUCGUCUGUGGUAUGGUUUUCGUCCUGUACCUAAUAUACGACUUAAAGCACGUCCUCGUGUUGGAGAAAAAGUUGUUACAAUGUCACGUAUAUUGGAAUGGAUUGAAAAGAAAAUGAUUCUUGAAUUCCAGCAUUUAGUUGUUUUACCGAAUAUGGAUGAUUUGAAAGUUGGGCUACUUUUAUCCGAUGCUACAUCAGCAACAUAAAUAAUCUGACACCAAUUAUAUUCAAUGAUAUCAAAACGGCUGAAGGAUUAGCUUUUAAUGAUCCCUAAUCACUAUUACAAAAGGCUUCGAUGAAAACUGAUGUAAUCUUAUUAUUAUCAUCAUCAUUCCUUCUCUUUUGCUUUUUCUGUUGCAUACGUUGUCAGUAUACUGUACUUUAUACAAAUGUAUUCAUGCUAUCUUAUAUAUUUUAGCUUAUUAAAUUCAAAUGAAUCUAAACGUGAUUUCUUCUUGUCAUAUUUUCUAUCCUGUCCUUUUUUCGUAAAUGUUCACAUUUAUUUGUCGGAGUGAAUAUGAAAUGAAGAAUACAUAACUAAUAAUUUCUAUUGGGAACAAUUUAGUGUUGCCUCUUUUUGAUAAUAUCUUGGGCAAUUCUAACUGUAAUCAGCAGUUGAUUUCUGUUUUAUACAAUUCUUGCGUUUUAUCGAAAACUAGGAUGAAUGGAGACUGGAUAUUAUACACACACAUAUAUGUGUGUUCCAAUUGUUGAAUAUUUAUUCUACACAGAAUGUAUUGACAGUUUUGUUAAGUGGAUUUAUAACCUACAAUAUAUUGAAAAUCGGAACCUUUCUCUCACUUCAUCUGUGGUUAGCAAUUUUAUUACUAUUCUUUUGUUUCUAUUUAUCCAACUUUUUUUUCUAUUGGGUGCUUUGAAGAAAUAGACCUGACUAUUGUUCUCAGU